AGCUUUUUCCCGAUGAUGAAGAUUUGAAAAAGACGCUGAAAGUUUGCCUAGUCUACGGGUGAAUCACUGAACUACCCACGCACGCAUGAUCCAUGGCAGCAGAGGGAAUGAUAAGCUCAGCAUGGUUUCAUCCACUCCACCGCGGUUACUAUCUGGCAUGGUUGGAUUAACAACAACCAUAGAUCCACAUUAUACACCCGACGUUCCGCCCCCUCUUCCUCCACGAUUGCGAAAACCAAAGCACAAAUGUGCGUGCGGGCCAUCUUCAUCAACGUCGAGCACAUACUCGAUAACAGCAUAUACAGCAAAGUGUAUCGACGACUAUCACUUGUGCCCCGCCAAUCUAAAUAUGUCCCACAGCGAUUUUGAUGAAAAUUCUGUUGGCUUUGUCGACAUUCAGGAGUUGCGAAAGCUUGAGGAUCUGGACAAUGCCUCCAUUUCGUCGUUGCCAAUUCCCUCGCCAAUUCGAAGGAAAUCUUUUGCUUUUCGUAAGCUGAUCCCACGAUGUCCACUUCGGCGAAUACGCGGGAAGCAUUCCUCUUUCGACAUCCCUUCCAUUGUUCUCCCCUAUCCACCAAAGAAGAAGUGCUCUCUUCGGCGAACAUUCAAAAAACUGCUUUUCUGUGGUUCGCGAUAGCAAGUCGACAUAUUUGUGUAAGGAGUAUCUAGGCAUAUAACUCGCAGUUGAGGCCGCGUUUAAAGUUGCCCUUGCCGGCGCCAUGCUAGAUCAUACGGGGUAAAGGAACAUGGGUUACACCACGGAGCUAGCACCUGACACAGCGUUGGAACGGCGUUGGCACACCGACUAGGGCAACUGUACGCUGCCUGAGUAUGAGGUGUUUCUUAGUAGCAUAUUCAUUUCUGUUGCUGUUGAAUUCUUUAUCAUUCUUUAUCAUUACGCAUAAUGCUUCUUCCAUUUUUGAUGAACCAUUUUCUUGUAAUAUUCAUG